AUGGCCUCAUGGAAUUCGCUCCCGCCCGAGAUUCGUCGAAUGGUUUUCCAGACUUGCGUCUUUCGAAGCCCAUUCCCGAAGGCAUCUUCCUUGGCUACAGUUUCUCGAGAAUGGCAGGACUUUUUCGAGAGAUCAACCUUCAAAGACCUAGCCUUGGACAACGGUGAUUUGUAUGCUUUCGCCUCAGCUAUCAAGAGCAAUGUCACCCGACUCGGGUAUAUAAGAACCCUACGUCUGCGCAUCAAUCUUACGCUCUACAGUAGACGGUUACAAUACAAGGCUGAAAGUGCGACGGAUGUCACACAGAACAAUAGAAUUUUCACACAAGCCAUGGCAGUUCUUCUCAAGGUCCUGUCUCUGUGGAGCGGUGAUUAUGGAGGAAUAGAGCUUGAGCUUGACGCACGAUCGCCGAGUGACUGCAGGUACUUCAAUCUCGUAUACGAACUCCACGAUGACUUUCUCUUCCGUCAUCAAGAAGAAGAUGAACUUUUCGACGCCUUAAAAAGGUUUUACAGGAAGAGACACGAAAUAAUCAAGAGAUUCUUGGGUAUACGACCAGGAUUCAGGCAUCGCUUUUUGAACUUAAUCUGGAAUCUCAACUACGGUUCGACGCAUCGGCUUAGCGGAGAACACCUCAAACUCAAGCCAUCAUUGAUAAAGAGAGGGUGGGCUUACUCUCAGGUCGUGCGGAACCUACCAGCUACACCGAUUAUGAAGGGACUGGUGAUUCGAAGGGUCGCGCCUCGACUCAUUGCUCUUGAAUCCCUGGGCAAAAUCAUGCGGGAGAGUUUUAUGGCACUGGAAUCUUUCUCUUAUUCUACUUAA